AUGGCCUCUCGUCGAGGCGUAGUAUCCGGCGGGACGGCCUCGUGUUUGACUCGGGCAUGGCAGACCACACAUGCCCCCGAGUAUAUUGGCUUCUUGGUCCUCCUAGGAGCCUGGUUGGCCCUCGCAAUCCUGACCACUCCGUUCCAUCGCUUGUUCUUCAUCAACGACCUUCGCAUCGCCUACCCCCACGCUUUACAUGAGCGUGUAUCCGUCUUCUGCAUGUUCAUGUACGCCCUUCUCCUCCCCCUUGCCCUUCUCAUCGCCUGCAACCUCGCGUCCAGGGCGCCCAUGUCAAAACACGAAGUUACGUACCUCCCCUUCCUCAUAUCCCUGCUUCUCACGUCCUUCCUCACCGACGUCGUCAAAAACGCCGUUGGCCGUCCUCGACCCGAUCUGCUGGAUCGAUGUCGUCCUUCGGCCAGCACGAAACCCAACGUCCUGGUCGGCAUCGAAGUGUGCCAGUCGCACGAGUCCUUCAAGCUCCAGGACGGAUGGCGCUCCUUUCCCUCGGGACAUUCGUCCUUCUCCUUUGCUGGCUUGGGCUUCCUCAGCUUGUUUCUGGCCGGCCAGCUGCACGUUUUCGACCAUCCCGUUGGCGGCCGAGACCUGGGGCGGGCUCUCAUCUGCCUGCUUCCCCUUAUCGGGGCCACCUUGAUCGCCAUCUCACGUUGCGAGGACUACCGGCACGACGUGUAUGAUGUCUGCGUCGGAUCGGCGCUGGGCAUGAGCGUGGCGUACUGGAGCUACAGAAGACACUGGCCGAGAUUGUCCAGCCCGAAAUGCAGCGAGCCUUACCCCCGGCCGGGCAGCGAUUUGCAAUCCGCCGCUUGGCAGCGAGUUCGUGACGAGGAGACGGGCGGUGGCAUGAACCGCACGGGCGAGGAGGAUUAUGAGCUCCAACCUUGA